CGAUAGGGAAUCUUUUGUUGUCAUUUGUUGUUGCGAUUUUUAAAAGAUGGGCGAUCUGCUGAGCAACUCGGAGUUAUUCAAGAAGCUGGGCGUGGACAGCUCGAACCAGUGGAUCCUCUACGAUGAGGGGAUGGAGAAGUUCUUCAGCUUUCUUUCGGAAAACAUCACGGAUGCGAAUAUCCUGACGGAGCAACAGGUUUUGGAGCGGGAGGAGAUGCAGCGGCGGGACGAGUGGCUAAGUGAAUCGGAUCGCCAGUCAAAGCUGCUACAGAUCGAAUCCGAGAGUCCUGGUCUUCUGACCCAUAAGCAACACGAUGUGGACGCCCUGACCAUGAGCAUUGAGGCGACCGAGGAGGCGACGAGGGAUUACGCCACGCUCCUGGAGGAGAUGAUGAUCACAAAGAACUCGAUAGUAAACCACCUGAGCGAGGUGGAGUGUGCUACCGCCGAGCUGCAAAUCAGGGAGAAGAAUCUGAUAGCCGAGUGUCAGGCGAAAGCCAAGCAGCUAGAGGAACUGCAGCGCGAGAACUGCCGGCUGAGCGCCGAGGCCAAGAAGGCCUUCACCUCGCAGCAGUCGCCGCCACUGUUCAUGCAUCAGCUGCCGCUGGAGCAGUACUUUCACAAGUGCGACUCCUUCAUGCAAUACUUUACGCUGUACGUGAAGGAAAACUUCAAGAUCCAGGACUACGAUGAGUUCCAGGGCGCAGAGUUGGACAUGCUGCAGGAGAAGGGCAAGCUUGAGGACUUGCAACACGGCAUUCAGUUCUAUGCCCUAUCCUAUAUAAAGACCAAGGCGAAGGCCAAGGCCACGCAGGCUCUCAUCGAUCAGCUGGAUCUCAGCCAUAUUCACUGCCUCAGCCUGGCGGAUAUGUCGCGCGAGCUCCACGAUCUGCAGCUGCUCAACGAUCAUCAGCUGAGCAACACCUACGACACGCUCUUAAAUGAUCUAACCAUCCACAUUGAGCAGCACACCCAGCAGCGUAUUGAACUCGUUCUGUACGAGAACACCAAACUCAAGUUGGAUCGGGCGGUUCGCCGUCAUGAGAGCGACAAGAAGCUGACCAAAAUCAUCUCGGAUGCCCUGUCCAAUGCGGAACUGCUUUGGAUUGCUAUACAAUUAGAUUGCGAUAAGAAACGCAACUGUUUGGACACCACGGAGGAGCUCGGCAACCAGGCGCAGGCCACCUGGCAGAGGAUCCAGACUAUGCGCUCCAUAAAUGCCAGCCACCAGGGCAUCUGCGCCCCGUUUGUGCAGGAGAUUGCUAACCUAUUGUCCGCACAUUCUGGACAAAACAUUAAGGCCAGCGAGGCGAAGGGUUGUCUGUUUGAGUACGAGAAGUUUGGGCGUCUGCUGGCCUACUCUUUUCAGAGAUUUCGGGAAAGAAAGUCCUGUGUGGCUGUCCAGGAUCAGCUGGCGGAGCUCAAGCGUUUGGAGCAGACCUUGCGACCGUUUGUCUACGAUUCCCCCCUCGAGAAGCCCAUGUUGGAGAAUGUCCGCUACUUGAGCGCCAUGUACAAUGUUACCCAGCAACAAAGCCGCCUUGAUGGGGAACUACGAUCCUUGCGCACAAAUUUCACGGAGAAAGUCGUCGGCCGCCUUCAGCGGGAUAAGCUGUGGCGCUAUAGCGUAGUCCUGUGGAUCUGGUUCCUCACCGAGCCGCAGAGCAUGAUGCAUGCCAUCGAUGAGGUGAAGAAGGCGGCCGCUGGUGUCAUUCGUCCUGGCGUCGGUCUGCAUCGCAAAUGA